AUUUAAGGACUGAAGUAUUUUAUGGUUGGGUAAUUCAGUUGGGUAAUUGUUAUAGAAUCACAACCACAAGAACACUGAAGAGCACAGAUAGAAGAUAAAGGAAUGGAAUAUAAGACCUGUUUAGUACUAGCUACUGCCUUGUGUUUUGGAUUUGUUUGCCCUCAAAAGGAUAAUCGUCCACCAUAUGCCUGCCAAUGUCUAAUGGAAACCAGUGAAAGAGAGGAAUGUGGAUUUUUUUCAGAAAACAUUACUGCAGAGCAGUGCACAGAAAAUGGAUGCUGCUUUGAUGCAUCAGUGCCCGAUGUCCCCUGGUGCUUCAAACCAUCAGGUGAAAGAGCUUCAGUAACCUAUGCAAGGAAAACAGUUCCAUCUCAAGAAAGAAAGGAGUGUGGCUAUCAAGGGAUCACACGCAAAAGGUGCAAACGAAUUGGAUGCUGCUUUGAUCUAAAGGCACCUGGUGCACCAACUUGUUUUCAUCCCCCGGUAAAUGAAGCUUCUCAAAACUGUGUAAUGGAAGGAAGUGCAAGGCUAGAAUGUGGUUACCCAGGCAUCACCGCUGAGGAAUGCCAAGCAAAGGGAUGUUGCUUCAAUUCAUAUGACAUUAAUACCCGGUGGUGCUUUCAUCCUCUGUCAAACACAGUACCUGCAAGGCUAUGUGGAAUGGCACCCAAGAAACGAGUGUCAUGUGGAGCGUCUGACAUCUCUGCUGAUGAAUGCAUGGCCAGAGGAUGUUGUUAUGAACAUUACCAGUAUGCCAAAACAGUCCCCUGGUGUUUCCAUCCGCAUGAAAAACAAGGAAAUUAUUCUAAUAUGAAGAAUCAGAAAAGGCUCUGGUUAUGUCUAGUUAUUUUAAUUCUAGGUUGCAGCAUACUGCUUGAAGGGGUAACAGCUCCACCAAAAUGCCGAUGUGACGUUGAUCCCCACAAACGAACCAACUGUGGAGCUCCUGGGAUCACGCCCCAGGAAUGUGAAAAUUCAGGAUGUUGCUUCAGUUCAACAGUGCCAGGAGUCCCUUGGUGCUUCAAACCAACCCCUCCAAAAUAUAGAAAGGUGUGUCCUGCAGAUGUGAAACUCCGCAAGAACUGUGGCUACCCAGGAAUCUCUGCCAAUGAAUGCGCAAGGAGAAAGUGCUGUUUUGAGAGCAAACCACCUGGUGUCCCAUGGUGCUUUUUUCAUAUCUUUGCAGAAGAGGUUCCUGACACAACACUGGAAAACACUGAGAAAUAUAAAGCCAAUUGGAAGACACCAUCAAGUGUUAAAAUGAUGCUUCAGGAAGGAACUUUCACAAAAAGCAUGCUUUUGACGGAACUAUUCAAGCACAUGUUAAUUUCUUGUGGAACACUAAAGCUUCCUGACAGAGGAAAGCAAGCUGCCAUGGAACAGAAGUUCUGGUUACUGGUGAUGGUCCUUUUCUUAGGAUCCAGCAGCCUGGCUAAUGGGUUUUACCUGAAAUUACUUCCAGGACAAUGCCAAGUGCAACCAAAUGCCAGAGUGAAUUGUGGAUACCCCUACAUCAGUGCUCAGGAAUGCUACAAUAGAGGAUGCUGUUUUGAUUCAAGUACUGUUGGAGUCAUCUGGUGUUUCUUUCCACAAGAGAAUGCAGAAUGUGUCAUCUAA